AUGCAUCUGCAUUGUUGUGUGGUCAGUGAUGAACUGAAUCAUACCAGUCUGGUUUUGGGCUGCCGAUUGAGUGGUGCGACCAUACGGCGAUUCAAGCAUAAUGACAUGGAUGAUCUGGAACGGAUUUUGGAAGAGGCUGUCGUUUACGGCCAACCGCGCACGCAUCGUCCCUACAAGAAAAUUUUAAUUGUGGUCGAGGGGAUCUAUAGGUGA